CCCCGCCUUCUGCCUGAAUGCAGCUGAAAAGCUCCAGCACCCCCUGCGACCCUGAAAAGGACAAGCGGUAGAAAAUGGAUGGAUGGAUUGAUGGAUACCCACACAAGCCACUUUAUAAGCCUUCACUUUGGGAAUGGGAAAUGAUGGAGGAUAAAGCACCUCGUGUAGCCGACUACUUUGUGGUUGCUGGCCUCACCGACUCGUCCAAGCUUUUGGAGGAGGAGCUGCACUUUGAUGAUACCAGUCCCAAAUCUGUCAAACCCAAAGCGCCAAUCACGGAUGUUGCCGUUGUGAUCCGCUCCCUGGGCGAAGAGGUACCCUCUGGCUUCACCUGUGUCGAAAGCACUCCCUCGGGAUUGUCCGCAGAGCUCAAUGGAGCCAGCAUCAGGGGCCCACAGAUAUUCCUGUGCUUCAAACGAGGCCGAGAUAAGCCUCCACUGACAGAUCUUGGGGUGUUGUAUGAGUGGAAAGAAAAGCUGAAACCUGGAUGUCACAUCGUCCAGACCACACCCUCAGGUCGUCCUGCUAACAUCAGCAGCUCGUCGUCCCAGCGCAUUUACAUCACCUAUCGUCGCGCUCCAAAGAGCCAGCUCCACACCUCACUAGCCGUCACUGAUGUCUGUGUCAUUGUCCCCGGGAAGGGGGAGACGCCUCCUCACACCUUCUGCAAGGUGGACAAGAACCUCAACAGCAGCAUGUGGGGAUCCUCUGUCUACCUGUGUUAUAAGAAGUCUUUGGCAAAAGCAAACACUAUUGCAUGCAAAGCAGGUUUGAUGUGCCGGUACCCUGAAGAGGACCAUGAAUCCUUCCCACUGCCUGAGUCGGUGCCUAUGUUCUGCCUGCCCAUGGGCGCAACAAUCGAGUGCUGGCCUGCACACACCAAACAUGCCCUUCCUGUUUUUUCAACAUUUGUACUGACAGGGGCUUCAGGAGAAAAGGUGUACGGAGCAGCGAUCCAGUUUUAUGAGCCUUACUCAGAGGAGAAUCUGUCGGAGCAUCAGCUGUCACAGCUCGGCCUGCUUAGCUCUGAUCUCGGACCUGGCGGGACCAGGAGUGUUUACAGCAACAAGAGCAUCUGUCUCCUUUCCCACUGGCCUUUCUUCCAGUCCUUUAGGAGCUUCCUAACUUUUCUCUACCGUUACUCCAUAUCUGGACCACACGCCCUGCCCAUUGAAACGCACAUCUCCCACUUCAUGCAAAACGUGCCAUUCCCCUCCAUCCAGAGGCCACGCAUCCUUGUGCAGCUCUCUCCACAUGACAGCCUGAUACUGAGCCAACCAGUGUCCUCUCCACUUCCACUCAGUGGUGGGAGCCUCUCUACAUUACUAUUAAAUCUAGGCCCGAAAAAUGCAGCCACUCUGCUGGUGUUGGCCGUCACUGAGCACAAGAUCUUGGUUCACUCCCUGCGCCCUGCAGUUCUCACCAGUGUUACAGAGGCGCUUGUGUCUAUGAUUUUCCCCUUCCACUGGCCAUGCCCAUACAUCCCUUUGUGCCCCCUUGCCCUGGCGGGUGUACUCAGUGCACCAUGUCCUUUCAUUGUGGGGGUAGAUUCUCGGUAUUUUGAUCUGUACGUGCCCCCAGCUGAUAUCAGCUGCGUGGAUCUGGACACCAACACAAUUUCCCAGAAAGAAGACAAGAAGGCCUUGACGUGGAAAAUAUUGCCCGGAAGAGCCUGCAAACAUCUUUUAAAUUCCCUAAAUAAACUCCAUCAGCAGCUCACAGAGGGUGGUCACUUUAGCCAUGAAGAUGUCCAGAUGGAGCAUGCAGUGGCUGACAGAGAGCUCAACGGUGGGAAGAGUCUUCAAACUUUGGAGCUGGAGAUCCAGGAGGCCUUCCUACGCUUUAUGGCGGCCAUCCUCCGAGGUUACCGCUCCUACCUGCAGCCCAUCACCCAGGCCCCCUCUGAGAAAACCACUGAUGUCAGCUCCCUUUUUGACAUACAAGGCUUCUUGAAAAGCAGAGACCGCUCCCAUCAGAGGUUCUACUCCCUCAUGACCAAGACUCAAAUGUUCAGCCGUUUCAUAGAGGAAUGCUCCUUUGUCAGUGACAAAGAUGCAAGUCUGGCUUUCUUUGACGAGUGUGCUGAUAAGCUCUCCAUGGGAGCCAAGGUGGAAAGUGAAAAGCCAGAAGACGCCAGACUGAUAGAACUGGACGAAUCCCAUCGCAGCGAGCACACAGUGUACAUCAACCCUCCAGAGCUGCCUCCCCUGCCAGAGGGAGAGGAGCAUCCUCUGUGCUACAGCUACUCUGGCUUUCCUGUGAUAAACAUUGAGCUUCUAGAACCACUUGAAGGACCAAAUCCUCCAUCAUCGGGCAAUACUUUACGCCACAGCAACCCAGCCAGUCCAGUAGCCAUCUUUAGACGCUCCAAACAGGAGAUGAAAUCUGCUCAAAAGAUGGCACAAACCUAUUCAUCCAUGCCUCAGAUGUGGUCCAAAUGUCUGCUACGCCACUGCUACGGCCUGUGGUUCAUCUGCCUGCCUGGUUUUGUGGAUACAUGUCCCUCUAAAGUGCGGGCACUACGCAUGGCUUACGAUGUGCUAAGAAAGAUGCAGGAUAAGAAGCUGCAGGCUCCAGAUGAGGUUUGUUAUCGUGUGCUGCUGCAACUAUGUGGUCAGUACAGCCAGCCAGUCCUGGCAGUUAAGGUUCUGUUCGAGAUGAAAAAGGCUGGAAUUCAGCCCAAUGCCAUCACCUAUGGCUACUAUAACAAGGCUGUGUUGGAGAGCACAUGGCCUUCCACCACCAGAGGAGGUUUCUUUUUGUGGGGGAAGCUGAGAAAUGUGGUCUUGGGUGUCGGCCAAUUCAAGCAAGCAGGGAAGAAACAGACGACACCGCACAGAGAAACCCAGCUGUCAGAUGGCAGUGACCUUGACACAGUCAGCCAUGGAAGUCUGGACAGUGCUAAUGACUCUGCUGAGCGCACUUCCAUCGACGCAGACUUCAACAAAAUGGAUUCCAGCGAUGAUGCAUUUAGCACAAGUGGACAGUCGGACCAAGGCUAUGAUUCCUUGUCCAAGGAGGAGGAGAAGAUGUUUUGCAGAGAAAGUGAAAACACUCCUGUGGUAGAGGACAAAGGAGCAAAGCAACACAGCAAUGCUGACAUUCUGGUUUCCAGUCCAGCGUUCGUGCCAAGUGGAGCUAUGACUCACAGAGAGAGGCCAAAGUCUCUCGACUUGCCAGUCGGAUCGCCAGCACUUAAACUCACGGUGCCGCAGCUCAGCUCCACCAAGCAGCAUCACCUUCCUGCUGACAAACUGGGCGGGUUGGAGGAGGAGAGGUCAGAGAGCGAUGUUGAACAGAGCCGGACAAGACAAAGCACCGGCUGCUGCGUUGGUACGGCUGCUCGGACAGAUAUUGAAACGGGCUUUGAUCCACUUUCGCUAAUGGCGACGGUGCAGGAGCAGAGUCAGGAGAGUGGGAGCACACCUACUAGUCGGCGUGAGCUCGCAGAAGAGAUUGAGCUGUACAUGAACAAUAAAAGCAGCCCUAUGAGGAGCCGCGCUCCCAGUGUGGACCUGCAGAGGCUAUCAAGUCCCUCUUCACAGUCCACCCGACCGCCUGUCCUGAUGCGCUCAAACACGCACCUCCCGUUACCCGUCAAAUCUCGAGAGCGGCUCAGGACGUCACCAUCUCUCCCUCUCGGUGUGUGUAACAAAGUCAGGGAGAGGCCUUCCUCUUUAGUGUUACCCUCAUCCCCCACUCCCUCGUCCUCCUCCUUCUCCAUGGAUUCCCUCUUCACACCCACUCUGGACAGCUUCAAGAGUAGCGUCCUCUUAGCAGGGAAAGGUGUCGCAGAGAAGGCAAGCCGCCUCUACUCCCGCCUGUCCUCCCAGACAUCAUUAACACUGGACUCAAACUGCGAUCGCGUCAGCGUGUCCUCGCUCACCUCGGGGGAGGUGGACUGCUCUUCGCUUCUUGAUAACGACUCCUGUUUGGAUGCAGACGGCUUCACGUCCCCGCAGCACAUGGGCACGGCGCGACUCAGGAGGAGCCCCAUAGCGGGCCACGCCCACCUGAGCAGCCCCGUCUCCCCAGGCAGGGUGUUCCGACACAACUCAUUCUCUGGUGGUUUGGCACUUCCCUCUCGAAGUUCUCACACUCCAGAUUCCUCCCCCGACAUAAAUCGCUUCCAGUCCUGUGCCACUUACAGUAUAGAGGUAAUGAUGUCCAGCUGCUCCCUUUGCAAGACGUGUGACUCUCUGGUCUAUGAGGAGGAAAUCAUGGCCGGCUGGACGGCCAACGAUUCCAAUCUGAACAGCACGUGUCCCUUCUGUGGCUCGGCUUUUCUGCCUUUCCUCAAUGUUGAGGUCAAAGAUCUAAGACGCCAAAGCAGAUGUUCCCAGAAAUCUAAUCCUGUUACCAACCAGGAUUCAUCCGAAACCAAAAUGUCUGCAACAGAACAUGUCGGACGUCUUCAGCAGUGACGGUGCCUUACCUGAGCCCUCUGGUUCUUUGGAAGGAGCUUGAGAGCCUGCUG